CCCGGUGGACGCGGCCGCGGCAGUGGCAGGCGUUGUGACUGACGGCGCCGGUUGUCUCCCGAACGAACUCGGCUGGCCACCCUCGCCGCCCUGGCUGACACUCGUGCGGCCGGCGCCAUGUCUGUGAGCGAGAUCUUCGUGGAGCUGCAGGGCUUUUUGGCUGCCGAGCAGGACAUCCGAGAGGAAAUCCGAAAAGUUGUACAGAGUUUAGAACAAACAGCUCGAGAGAUUUUAACUCUACUGCAAGGGGUCCAUCAGGGUGCUGGGUUUCAGGACAUUCCAAAGAGGUGUUUGAAAGCUCGAGAACAUUUUGGUACAGUAAAAACACAUCUGACGUCUUUGAAGACCAAGUUUCCUGCUGAACAGUAUUACAGGUUUCACGAGCACUGGAGGUUUGUGCUACAGCGCCUGGUCUUCUUGGCAGCCUUCGUCGUGUACUUGGAGUCGGAGACCCUGGUGACUCGAGAGGCGGUCACGGAGAUCCUUGGCAUUGAGCCAGAUCGGGAGAAGGGAUUUCAUCUGGAUGUAGAAGACUAUCUCUCGGGAGUUCUCAUUCUUGCUAGUGAACUGUCGAGACUGUCGGUCAACAGCGUGACCGCCGGAGACUACUCCCGGCCCCUGCACAUCUCCACCUUCAUCAACGAGCUGGAUUCCGGCUUCCGCCUCCUCAACCUCAAAAACGACUCCCUGCGGAAGCGCUAGGACGGCCUGAAGUACGACGUGAAGAAAGUGGAGGAGGUGGUCUACGACCUCUCCAUCCGCGGCUUCAACAAGGAGACGGCGGCGGCCUGUGCGGAGAAGUAGGGGCUCUCCGCGCGCCCCACUGACCCCAGCCCGGCGCCUCUCACGGUCGUUAGGAUGCCCAUCGCUAAACACCGCGCUUCAUUUUCUUAACGGGUUGUGUGGUGUAUCAGAGUUGAAACACUUUUUUGGGGGGUGAAAGAAUAGCCUUUACAAGGACAGAUUUUUCUUUGUCGUUUCAGUGAAUUUGCUCUGUAACUCAGUGUAUUUCAGUUCUGUCAAAAAGUGUAAAUGCCAACCUCUUGGUAAAGUUC